AUGAGGGAGGUGAAGACCUGGUACACCACGCUCAACAAGCCCUCAUGGAGGCCACCUAACGCUGCCUUCCCAAUAGUGUGGACACUCUACACUGGCAUGGGCUACGGUUCAUACCUUGUGUGGAAAGAGCUUGGAGGCUUCACACAGAAUUCACUGGUACCACUGGGGCUCUAUGGGAUGCAGUUGGCGCUUAAUUGGGCCUGGACCCCCAUCUUCUUUGGCACUCACAACAUUAAACUGGCAAUGAUAGAGAUAGUGAUGCUGACUGGCACAGUGGCAGCCACAAUGGUGUCUUGGUAUCCCAUUAGCCGCACUGCAACACUUCUCAUGGUACCAUACUUGGCCUGGCUCUGCCUAGCUACCAGCCUCAACUACUGCAUUUGGAGAGACAAUCCAGAUCCCAAAAAAGAUGACUAAGAGUCCAAUAAAACGAACACUAUUCUAUUUAACACUGACUAGAACAAAAAUACAACCAUGUUUUUUUUUAUUUUGCUUGUUGGCCAUUUUGAAGUAUAAUAAUGAAGAAUUUAGUUUAUUUUUUAUCUUCACUUUAAAUUUUGUAAUAUCAGAAAAAUUCACAUUGUGUCUUAAUUAUAAAAGAAGGAAAGGCAAUAAAAUGAGAAUGUUCUAAUGCUUCCAUUAUAUAAACUCAGUCCAUCAGAUCACUUAAGUUCAGCAUUUUACACAGAUCACUUUACAGGCUCUUUUGCUUGCUUCCUUGCCUAUUUUUUACUAAUAAAAAUGUUUUCAUGA